CCACCCCCAACCUCUCCUAAGAGGCGCCGCCCCAGUCCCGGCCGCCGAACACUCCCCUCGCCCAGCAUUCCCUUCCCCCGCCGCCCCCCAGCCCCCGCUGACGCCACAAAGCCCCUAGGCCUCCCGACCCCAGGCCCCCACGCCCCGGGCCGGGCCGCAGCCCCCUGGGCUUCGUGGGGGCAGACCCAGCCUUUCCCGGCAGCGAGCGCUCGGCCAGGUGCGCUAGGCGCUGUGCUGGCCCCCCCCACCCCCGCGCGCCCGGCCUUCCCGCCUCCGCCGGCCGCCGCGUCCCUGGAGGGGCUAGCGCGCUUCAACAAGGAGCCAUGGAGGCUGUGGAACUCGCCAGAAAGCUGCAGGAAGAAGCUACGUGCUCCAUCUGUCUGGAUUACUUCACAGACCCUGUGAUGACCGCCUGUGGCCACAACUUCUGCCGAGCGUGCAUCCAGCUGAGCUGGGAAAAGGCGCGGGGCAAGAAGGGGAGGCGGAAGCGGAAGGGCUCUUUCCCCUGCCCCGAGUGCAGAGAGAUGUCCCCGCAGAGGAACCUGCUGCCCAACCGGCUGCUGACCAAGGUGGCCGAGAUGGCGCGGCAGCAUCCUGGCCUGCAGAAGCAAGACCUGUGCCAGGAGCACCACGAGCCCCUCAAGCUUUUCUGCCAGAAGGACCAGAGCCCCAUCUGUGUGGUGUGCAGGGAGUCCCGGGAGCACCGGCUGCACAGGGUGCUGCCCGCCGAGGAGGCAGUGCAGGGGUACAAGUUGAAGCUGGAGGAGGACAUGGAGUACCUUCGGGAGCAGAUCACCAGGACAGGGAAUCUGCAGGCCAGGGAGGAGCAGAGCUUAGCCGAGUGGCAGGGCAAGGUGAAGGAGCGGAGAGAACGCAUUGUGCUGGAGUUUGAGAAGAUGAACCUCUACCUGGUGGAAGAAGAGCAGAGGCUCCUCCAGGCUCUGGAGACGGAAGAAGAUGAGACCGCCAGCAGGCUCCGGGAGAGCAUGGCCUGCCUGGACCGGCAGGGUCACUCUCUGGAGCUGCUGCUGCUGCAGCUGGAGGAGCGGAGCACACAGGCGCCCCUCCAGAUGCUGCAGGACAUGAAGGAACCCCUGAGCAGGAAGAGCAACGUGAGUGUGCAGUGCCCAGAGGUUGCCCCCCCAACCAGACCCAGGACUGUGUGCAGAGUUCCCGGACAGAUUGAAGUGCUAAGAGGCUUUCUAGAGGAUGUGGUGCCUGAUGCCACCUCCGCGUACCCCUACCUCCUCCUGUAUGAGAGCCGCCAGAGGCGCUACCUCGGCUGUUCGCCAGAGGGCAGUGGGUUCUGCAGCAAGGACCGAUUUGUGGCUUACCCCUGUGCUGUGGGCCAGACGGCCUUCUCCUCUGGGAGGCACUACUGGGAGGUGGGCCUGAACAUCACCGGGGACGCGUUGUGGGCCCUGGGUGUGUGCAGGGACAACGUGAGCCGGAAAGACAGGGUCCCCAAGUGCCCCGAAAAUGGCUUCUGGGUGGUGCAGCUGUCCAAGGGGACCAAGUACUUAUCCGCCUUCUCUGCCCUGACCCCGGUCAUGCUGAUGGAGCCUCCCAGUCACAUGGGCAUCUUCUUGGACUUCGAGGCUGGGGAGGUGUCCUUCUACAGUGGUCAAGCACUUUAACAGCCUGUGUCAGUCACUAGCAAGGCAGAAUUCCAGAGUCAGCGUACUCCUACCUCGACAAAGCCGGAGUGUCUGCGCGAGGGGCUGCCUGGAACAGCGUGCCCCUUUGGAGUGGUUCCCGCAGAAAGAAUGUGGGCCUCCUGGAGAGCUGGUCCUGGAGGGAUGCCCCCGUCCCAUCCCCCAACUCCAAUCAUUCUGACCUUGGCCUGCCAAGGCUGUGAGGGCCGGGCCUUCCGAGGAUACCCGCCCUGGGAAGCACGGGCUGAGGGGGUGAGGACGCACUAGGGGUAUGGCGAAGGGCUCCAAUGCCCCAGGCUGCGGACUCCCUUAGUCCUUGCAGUUGCUUCCGUGUGCCCCGCCCUGAGUCCCCAUCCCUCCUUGCCCUGCCCCCUGCUCCAUCCCUCCCCUGCGCCCCGCCCCCUGUCCCCAUCCCUCCCCUGCGCCUGAGUCCUCCCCAGGGCAGGGGUAAAAGACCUGGCCACAAGAACCGGAGCGGUGGUGACGCCAGGUCAGCAAGUGAAAGCUCUCCAAUUCCGUCCCGCCCGCGGGCCGCGUGACUGGCAGCGGCCAAUCGGAGGCAAAAGCGGGUUGUUCCAAAAAAAAAAAAAAAAAAAAAAAAAAAAAAAAAAACACAAAA